GAAAACCGUGAUGUUGCUCAUUACAUGUUGAGCCAUCCAGCAAGAGGACCAUCUCGUGGGAGUUAUAUUACUGGCCGCAGUGUUCACAAUUCAAGGAUUGAGCGAUUGUGGAGAGAUGUAUAUCAAACCGUUCUAUCCAUGUUCUACGACCUGUUCACACUUAUGGAAACGGACGGAAUCCUUGAUCCCGAUAAUGAACGCCACCUCUUUUGCCUUCAUGAAGUUUAUAAGCCUGUCAUCAAUGAUAUGCUUACAAAAUUUUCAAACGCUUGGAUACAUCACAAGAUGCGCACAGCUGAAAAUAAAAGUCCUCUUCAACAAUUUAUUAUGGGCAUGCAACAAAUACAACACGAGAAUGGUACUAUUGCCAACGAAUAUUUUGAAAAUCUUUCUGAGACCGAAUUAAAUACUUAUGGUGUGGACGUACAGGCAGGUUUACCACAGUACAAUGAUGACGACGGAGUAGUAGUGCCGGACACUACAAAUCCACUGGAUGAAACAGCUUUUGCUGAUUUUUUACACAGAGUGUCAACAGUAGAGCGCACAGACCCAUGGGACACUGAACCGUACCUAUAUGCGUUGCAAACACUUGACAAUUUACUACCCGAGGAAUCGCAGUAGUAUUUAAUAACUGAAAAGUGGGAGUGAGUCUCAACUGCAUGAUAUUCCACAAAUUGUGCAUAUACCACAAAACAACAAAUGUAAAUAUCAUGUAACCUACAUGAUAAAUGUCAAUACAAAUACAAAUGUCCCCUUUUUUUAGAAUUAAAAUAAUUUCGGGAUAAUAUUGAAACAUGUAUUAAGCGGUAUUACUUCUCAUAAGCUUGUUUUAAAUAUAAUAGUUUAAAAUAUUGUACCAUAUAUAAAGUACAAUAUUGUUGUAAAUAUUAUAACUGAGAUCGUAAACAGCUAAAGCUAAUGCCAUGUAAAUAGAUUUUAAACAGACUAAUGAAUUGGGACUUUUAAACAGAUUCAGACAUAUCUGCUUAAUAAUCUUGUAGUGUAAUGUAGAAGAGUGCUCGAUACAGUAGAGUAGAGCUGUUACAACAAAAUGAG